CGUCGAAAAGAACGGCGAGAGCGAAGAAGGCGCGCUCUCUCUCUCUCUCUCCCCUCUCUCUCUCUUCUCCUUUGGGUGAGAGAGCAAGAGAGCUAAAGAUGCGUAAGAGAGAUUUGGGUAUCCUCCUGCUAUCCGCCAUCGCCAUCUUCUACUCCAUCCAGCACGAGGGCAAUGUCUCGUUCAGAGAAGCAUGGUACCAUCUGGCCGAUGACUACCCAAUCAAGUAUGAAUCGGAGCGACUACCUCCGCCGAUCGUGACUGAUCUGAAUGGCGACGGUAGGAAGGAAGUUCUCGUUGCUACCCACGAUGCGAAGAUUCAGGUACUUGAGCCUCAUGUAAAACGAUCGCAUGAAGGAUUUAGUGAAGCACGUCUGCUUACUACAGUCUCACUUUUGCCCAACAACAUACGCAUUGCAUCUGGUAGAAGGCCUGUAGCUAUGGCAACUGGCUACAUAGAUCGUGUUCAAAAGCAUGGAGAAAUAAGGAAACAGGUUUUGGUAGUUGUCACAUCUGGAUGGUCAGUCAUGUGUUUUGAUCACAACCUUGAAAAACUGUGGGAGAUGAAUAUGCAGGAGGAUUUUCCUCAUGGCUCCCACCACAGGGAGGUAGCAAUUUCGAUAAGUAAUUAUACACUAAGGCAUGGCGAUCAAGGGCUGGUGAUUGUUGGUGGCAGGAUGGAAAUGCAAUCUCAUAUUUACCUGGAUCCAUUUGAGGAAGAAAUGUCUGCUCAAAGAAAUACAGAUUCACAUAGAAGAAGUGCUACCGAGAAGGAGGCCUCUGAGAACUCAGGAACAGUUGAUUUACGCCAUUUUGCAUUUUAUGCUUUUGCUGGUCGCACUGGUGCACUUCGGUGGAGUAGAAAGAUUGAGAAUUCUCAACCACAGACUCCAGAUCCAUCUCAGUUGAUCCCACAGCAUAAUUACAAGCUUGACGCUCAUGCCUUACAAAGUCAUGAACCAGGACAGACAGAAUGCAGAGAUUUUAGAGAAUCUAUUCUUGGAGUUAUGCCACACCACUGGGAAAGAAGAGAAGAUACAGCUUUUGAGCUUGCACAUUUUAGAAAACACAAAAGAAAAAUAGUAAAGAAAACACAGGGGAAAGGGACGUUGUAUUCAUUUAACAAGCCAGAAGAAAACCAUGCUCCAGGUAAGGACGCAGGGAAUAGGAUUGCCCAUGCGAUUGGGAAGGCUGCAGACUAUGCUGCUUCAAACAAAGGGAAGAAGAGGGUGCCAUAUGUUCCUAUAAUAACAAAUCAUACUCAACUAUGGUGGGUCCCAAAUGUGAUUGUUGCACACCAAAAGGAAGGUGUUGAGGCUGUGCAUUUGGCUUCUGGGCGCACUAUUUGUAAGCUUCAUCUCCAUGAAGGUGGUCUUCAUGCUGAUAUUAAUGGAGAUGGUGUUCUAGAUCAUGUCCAGGCUGUUGGUGGAAAUGGAGUUGAACAAACUGUAGUAAGUGGAUCUAUGGAGGUGCUUAGGCCUUGUUGGGCAGUUGCAACAUCUGGUGUUCCAGUACGAGAAGUACUCUUUAAUGCCACCAUAUGCCACCACUCCCCCUUCAAUCUCUUCCAACAUGGAGAUUUUGCUAGAAGUUAUGGCCAUGUUGCUGAUCCAAUGCCUCUGGAAGUUGCAGCACCUAUUCUGAUCGGCAAGAAGGAUGGUCACAGGCACCGGAAAGGAAGCCAUGGUGAUGUUGUAUUCUUAACAAGCCGAGGAGAAGUGACCUCAUAUGCUCCGGGCUUGCAUGGUCAUGGUGCCAUAUGGAGAUGGCAGCUUUUGACAGGCGCAACGUGGUCUAACCUCCCAUCACCCUCAGGCAUGAUGAAUGCUAUAAUUGUGCCCACAUUGAAAGCAAUGAAACUAACCAUUCACGGAGGCCAAGAGGUGAUUCUUGCUGCAGGUGAUCAAGAAGCCGUGGUGAUAUCCCCUGGUGGUAGCCAGUUAGCAUCCAUAGAACUGCCUGCUCCACCUACUCAUGCUUUGGUGUUGGAUGAUUUUUCAAAUGACGGGCUCACUGAUAUCAUUCUUGUGACUGCAAGUGGAGUGUAUGGCUUUGUGCAGAUGCAGCAGCCAGGCGUCCUCUUCUUUAGCACACUCAUUGGUUCCCUGAUAGUUGUAAUGGCUGUAAUUCUCAUCUCAUUGCACAUGGGAUCGGCUAAAGGGAAACCCAGGGCACCAACUGACUACAGGUGACGAAUCGGAUCAUCUGAACAUCUUGACAGCGGCUGUAUUUAUGGAAGGAAGAAAUAUUUGGGCCUCCAGUUGCUUGCUUUAAGCCAAUAUAAGAGAUUGGAAGAUACUGAACAAUCAACUUUUGCUGGUUGAGUGUCGAUGAAAAUGUUGAUCUAUAGUGUGUUCUUAGGGAAAGUUGAUAGUUCUGUACGUGGUGUUGCAUCAGGGAUAAGUUUUUACAUGUACACAGUUAGCAGAUGCAAUUUUGCUACUAAUUGGUACAAACUCGUUAGAAGUUUCACGGUUUAAACCGACUGCAUCUGCUUCUGUAUUACUUGAUGGUUCAAACUAUUGUAUGGUUUCGUGGAAAGGAACAUGGGUUACAAGCAAUAGCCUGACUGUAAUAAUCAAUUUUCAUCUUCUUAUAGAACCUUAUAAAUUGUAAGUUAA